CGGGUGUGGACAUUCAUGAGCAACCCUCACACCGAGGCCAAGGAAGCCAUCUUUGAUCUGGACCUGCCGAGUUCAGCCUUUAUCUCCAACUUCACCAUAACUGUUAAUGAGAAGACCUAUGUGGCCGAGGUGAAGGAGAAGCACCAGGCAAAGAAGAUGUACAACGAAGCCCGCCAACAGGGGAAGACGGCUGCCCACAUCGGCACCAAGGACCGAGAAACAGAGAAAUUCAGGGUCUUCGCCAACGUGGAAGCGGGAGGCAAGGCCGCCUUUGCGCUGACUUACGAGGAACUGCUGCAGCGGCACCUGGGCAGGUAUCAGCACGCCAUCAGCAUCCGGCCCCAACAAGUGGUCGGGAACCUCAGCGUGGAAGUGAGCAUCUCCGAGCGCACCGGCAUCGACUACGUGCACGUCCUGCCCCUCCGCACGAGCCGGCUGCUGACCAACACCCUCCGAGGGGACUCUGAGGUGCCACCGUCCACCCGAGUGGAGAAAGGCACUCACUGUGCUUGGAUCAUCUUUGCCCCAACGCCCCAGGAGCAGGCUGCCUACUCCAGCUCAGGAAUCGUGGCCGAUUUUGUAGUCCAGUAUGAUGUAGCCAUGCCAGAUGUUGCCGGGGACGUGCAGAUCUACGAUGGCUACUUUGUGCACUACUUUGCCCCAAGGGGGUUGCCCCCCGUUCAGAAGGACGUGGUGUUUGUGAUCGACGUCAGUGGCUCUAUGUAUGGUACGAAAAUGAAACAGACCAAGAAGGCCAUGCAAGUGAUACUGAGCGAUCUACACCAAGAUGACUACUUCAACAUCAUCACUUUCUCUGACACAGUGAAGGUCUGGAAGCCCGGCCAGUCCCUCCCGGCGACCCCUCAGAACAUCCGGAAGGCCAAGGACCACGUCAGCAAGAUGGAAGCGGACGGAUGGACGGAUAUCAACGCGGCUCUGCUCGCAGCCGCCUCCGUCUUCAACCGGAGCUCCUCCAUGGCAGGGAAGGGGAUUACGGAACAGAGAAUCCCGCUGAUCAUCUUCCUGACAGAUGGUGAGCCCACCUCCGGCGUGACGGCCGGCAGCCGCAUCCUCGCCCACGCCCAGCAGGCUCUGAGGGGCACCGUCUCUCUCUUCGGCCUGGCCUUCGGGGAUGACGCGGACUACGGACUGCUGAGGCGCCUGUCGCUGGAGAACAGAGGUGUGGCCCGGCGGAUCUAUGAGGACUCUGACGCUACUCUGCAGCUGAAGGGCUUCUACGAUGAGAUCGCCAGCCCUCUGCUCUACGACGUGGAGCUGGCCUACCUGGACGGGGUAGCGCAAGACCUCACCAGGAACCUCUUCCCCAACUAUUUCCAGGGCUCUGAGCUGGUCGUGGCCGGGCGGGUGAAGCCGGGGGCGUCGGAACUGCGGGUACGCACUACGGGGCAGGGCCAAGAGGGACCGCUGGACUUGGAAAAUGACAUUGCGGCCAACGCCACGGAAGCCGCCCCCUUCGGCUGCCUCGGGGAUGCUGGUCAGAUCAGCCGCUUCGUGCAGAGACUCUGGGCCUACUUCACCAUCCAGGACCUUCUUCAGGCCCGGUUCCGGGCCAACGACACGGCGGCCCGGCGCCUGCUGACCGAGAAGGCCACCAACCUGUCUCUCAAGUACAACUUCGUCACGCCUGUCACCUCCCUGAUCGUGGUGAGGCCGGAGGAGAAGAGAGAGAAGGGGCAACCGGCCAAAGCGACCGCCCUUCCCGGAGUGACCAGAGCUCUUAAAGCCACACAAGUGUCGGGAACCUCUACGCCGCUGUGGCUCUCCAAAGUGUCUAAAACCACUGUUGGCGUGACCCAUAUCCCUGUGGCCGUCACAAAAGCCCCCAAGAGCACCGCAAGGCCCGGAGCUGUUCCCACCGCCCUGGUUCCAGUGACAGCAACUGGAAUCACCAAAGCAGCCAGGCCUACAUCUUUCCCAGUUGCUGCCGUAACCACCGUCACCCCCGGCAGCCACGCCUCCCCGCUACCGACUGCUACCCACACCAAAGCAGCUAAAUUCCCCCCAGUUCCAGGAGCUGCUGCCACGUCUCUGGCUCCAGCUAUAACCCGUGGCUCCACCAAGCCCCCCAGAGCCACCGCCUCCGUCAGGGCCACCAGAGCACCUCCCAAAAACCUCAAACCCAGUCCGACCAGAGUCGGUAGGCUCAGGACAACAGUCCAACCUCACUCGGUUCAGGAGACGAGAGGAACGGCCAUGGCCAAAGUCCUGGGAGGGGUCGCCGGCACAGCCCUCGGCGUGCCUACUACCGUGUCCCCGCUCGGAAACGCAAAGGCUCUUGAGAAUAAUUCUGGCAGCGGAGGGCAGCACGAGACCACCCCGCAGCUGGCCACCAAGCCUCAGCCACGCACACACUGGCAGGGGGGUGCCACCAGGACAGAGACAGGGAGCAUCCCAUGGAACAGGGGUGGGACAGUGGGGACUGAGAGGCCUCUGCAGAAUAGUUCUGCUCCAUGGGGCACCGUACCUGGAGCUACACCCCUGCCCCCCCAGGGAACAGAGUUAACCAGCAGGAUCCCCAGCCCGACGCCUGCCUCAAACAUCAGCCUUUUCCUCUUACCCGGAGAGUCUGAGCUGCUCGUGACCACUGACCUGGACGUUGAGUACGUGGAGUCGCUGAAUCCACCUGCAGUGUAUAGUUUUGUGACAGCAGAGCAACAGCCAGACAGCAUGGAUUACGAAGACUAUACAGAUUUCUUAGAAGAACGGGAGAGUGAUUCAGGCCAACUGACCGGCGCCUCUAAGGGUGGCUUCUUCACCUUCUCUUCUUGGGUGGACGGAGACCCUCACUUCGUCGUACGGUUACCGCGCUCACUCGGGAACUUGUGCUUUACCCUGGACGGAGGCCCGGGAGAUAUACUGAACUUGGUGAGCGACCCUCGGACAGGGCUGGAGGUCGACGGCCACUUAAUGGGCGCUCCGUUAAGGCCGGGGCAUGAAGAACGUCCCCGCACCUACCUCGAUGCCGUCAGCGUGGUGGUGGACCAUCCGCGGGGAACCUACGUGGUGAACGUGACGCGGGAGGGGGUGAUGCUGCACGGGGAAGAUACGCUGGUGUUGCCGUUCUCCCAGAGGGCCGUUGUCCAGAGGACGCCGCUGGCGAUCUCCGUGUGGCCCGAGGCCAACGUCACCCUCCGGAUCGGGCAGGGGGUGGAGUUCCUCGUCCUGCUCCACCACUACCACCACCCCACCGCCCUGCAGCUGGACCACCUGGGCUUCUACGUGGUGAACGGCGCAGGGCUGUCUGCUUCAGUGCGCGGACUGUUAGUGGAACAGUCCAGCAUGACAGCGGACAUUCAGCACCCCUGUGCCCUCUGGAGUGGCCCCGGCCAGGAGCAGAUGUCAAGCUACCGCUGGGUCUAUUGA